CGAUAAACGAAUCUUAUCUAACAAAUGUUCCAAUUCCCCAUGCAUAUGUGAUUCAGUAAGUGAAUUAACAAUGUUAUAUGUGGUGGGAAUGCAAAUGUAUUGCAUUGCAAAAAUAACAGCUAGUGUUAAUAUUUUAUGGAUUAAGGUAACGAACUAAGCACCAUUGCGUUCGGCCUUCCCUCAACACGGGGCAGGGACAGCACUGUGGACGAUUCAUUCAGGCAAACACAGACGGCGACAGACGGGUUAGACAACGGACGCUCAUCCGAGCCGGGGAAUCGAGAACCUGGGUGUACAAACUAAGGAGAUCAAGGGUCCUACUGACUUUUAGUGACUAGUACAAGUGAGCUCACCAUGGCUGACGUUGGUGAGGUUUUGAUGUCGGUUUUGUCCACAAUUCGCGUUCCAAAGCCCGGGGACCGUGUCCACAAAGACGAAUGCGCCCUGUCAUUUUCCUCGCCGGAGAGUGAAGGAGGCCUGUAUGUGUGCAUGAACAGUUUCUUGGGUUUUGGUAGUCAGUAUGUGGACAGGCACCAUGCUCGGGCUGGCCAGAGAGCUUAUUUGCACAUCAUCCGGACUCGUAAGGCAAAGAAGGAAGAUGACAACAACUCAGGCUCUGGACACCCACCUAAGAAAAAGCCCACCAGAUUGGCUAUAGGGAUUGAAGGAGGUUUUGAUGUUGACCAGGAGCAGUAUGAGGAGGAUGUGAAGGUGGUCAUUUUACCAGACAGACAGGAGGUGACUUCAGAGGACCUUGCCACAAUGCCUGAUGUUGUGAGAGAACGGGUGUCACUGUCAAUGGCAGGUAUCAUGGCAGCCGACUCAGUGUCUCAUACUUUACAAGUUCAGCAGUGGGAUGGAGAGGUGAGACAGGAGUCAAGGCAUGCUGCUGACCUCAAACAGCUUGACAACGGACUCAAAAUCCCUCCCAGUGGCUGGCGGUGUGAAGUGUGUGACCUUGAGGAGAAUCUUUGGAUGAACCUCACAGAUGGGAAGGUGCUGUGUGGUCGUAGGUAUUUUGAUGGCUCUGGGGGCAACAACCACGCCCUGCUCCACUUCCAGGAGACAGGCUACCCACUUGCCGUCAAACUUGGUACUAUCACUCCUGAUGGCGCUGAUGUGUACUCCUAUGAUGAAGAUGACAUGGUGCUGGAUUCCAAGUUACCAGAGCACCUAACUCACUUUGGCAUCGACAUGAUGACCAUGGAGAAAACUGAGCGGACGAUGACAGAGUUGGAGAUUGCUGUGAACCAGCGUGUAGGAGAGUGGGAAGUAAUUCAGGAGUCUGGUGCCACCCUGCGGCCCCUCUUUGGUCCUGGCCUGACGGGUAUGAAGAACCUGGGAAACAGCUGCUACCUCAAUUCUGUCAUGCAAGUGCUCUUCACCAUUCCAGACGUUCAGAGCAAGUAUGUGUCAGACAUAGACAAGAUAAUUGAUGAAGCACCCAGCGACCCAACCCAGGACUUCAAAACCCAAGUAGCUAAGCUGGGUUAUGGUCUGUUGUCAGGAGAGUAUUCUAAACCAGCACCAGACCCUGGAGAUGAAAAUGGUGCAUCUGAACCCAGGGGAGACCAAAUUGGAAUAGCACCCCAAAUGUUUAAGGCACUUGUUGGACGAGGUCACCCAGAGUUCUCCACCAAUCGACAACAGGAUGCUCAGGAGUUUUUAUUGCACUUCAUAAACAUGGUGGAGAGAAACUGUCGCUCUGGGUCAAACCCAUCUGAAGCCUUCAGGUUCCUUGUAGAGGAGCGGAUUGUGUGUCAGCAAUCUCAAAAAGCUAAGUACACACAGCGGGUGGAUUACAUUGUACAGCUGCCGGUACCCAUGGACCAGGCUACAAACACAGAGGAGCUUCAGGAGGCAGAGCGCCGCCGUGAGGAGGGAGACUCAUCAGCACCUACAGUGCGUGCACAAAUCCCCUUCACAGCUUGUAUGGCAGCUCUCAGUGAACCAGAAAUCCUCACAGACUUCUGGAGCUCAGCUGUUCAAGCCAAGACUACUGCUACCAAAACGACCCGCUUUGCCUCUUUCCCCGACCACCUGGUUAUCCAGAUUAAGAAGUUUACUUUUGGCCUUGACUGGGUGCCCAAGAAACUGGACGUGAGCAUCGACGUUCCUGAUACUCUGGAUCUGAGCGCUCUGCGUGCAACCGGCCAGCAGCCAGGGGAGGAGCUUCUACCAGAGGUUGCCCCGCCCCCACUCAUGACCCCAGAUGUGGAGGUUAAAGGUAUCCUGGGUUCCCAUGGCAACGAGGAGGACGACUCACUCUACUCCCCACUGCUGUCUCCAGUCCUCGAUGACUCCACUGUGUCCCAGUUAUGUGAAAUGGGAUUCCCACUGGAGGCCUGCAGGAAGGCAGUGUACUACACAGGGAACACUGGAAUUGAUUCUUCCAUGAACUGGAUCAUGGGCCACAUGGAUGAUCCAGAUUUUUCAGCCCCCCUGGUAUUGCCAGGCAGCAGCUCGGGACCUGGGACCACACCCACAGAAAGCCUGUCUGAGGAGCACCUGGCAACAAUCGUUUCCAUGGGCUUCAGUCGAGAUCAGGCAACCAAAGCUCUCCGAGCAACGAGUAAUGUCCUGGAUCGUGCAGUAGACUGGAUCUUCUCUCACCUGGAUGACCUGGAGUCCAUGGAUGUGUCUGAGGGAGGUCGCUCUGCUGCAGAGAGCGAGGGUGGCAGGGAUCCUCCACCUGGGCCUCGUGUCAGAGACGGGCCAGGAAAGUACGAGUUGUUUGCUUUCAUCAGUCACAUGGGGACGAGCACCAUGUGUGGCCACUACGUCUGUCACAUAAAGAAGGACCAGCAAUGGGUCAUCUUCAAUGAUCAAAAGGUGUGUGCUUCAGAGAAACCUCCCAAAGACCUGGGAUACCUUUACUUCUAUCGCCGAGUGGCUGAAUGAAAUGAAGGAGGGUUUCAUUUCAAGAGAAAACAUGUGGAUGCUAACAAACACAACAGCAAGCUCUUACAAAUGCCCUGGCUGCUUCACAACUGACAAAAGUGUAAAUAUCUCAGACUGCUUAUACACACAGUUCAAUAUAUUGCUGCAGAUGUACAGAUUAGGUGGUGGGGGGGGGGGGUGUUUCUUUCAAACCACAAAUGGGCCUGUUGAAGGUACAAUUCUAGUUGUUACCAUGGCAACUUUGCUGAGUAAAACUGAAACCAGGGGAGACUUGUUAAAAGCAGGUGGUCCAGAUUUUACUCAGAUCAUUCAGUAAACCUAAUUUAGGGAACAAAACCCCCAAAAUGAUGGAGGCUUUGACGUCUAAGUCCAUUUACUCCCCACUAAAAAGUUUACUCAACUGUCACCGUUAAUCUGUCCUGACUAUUGAUCUCCACUGCCGUCAGUAGUCACUGCCCUUCUGCAGUCAAGUAUGAUGCUUUCAGGCUCCUUCUCCUUCACUGGCUGAUUGCAGCUGGAUGUUGUGACUCCAUCUUGAUGCAGCCUCCUCUGAGUGUGGAAGCAUAAAUGUCUCAACAUCCACCAUUAGAAAGAAAAUGUCGGUAAAUUAAAAUAUUACAGAUGUGUCACAAAAAAUAAUCAAAAAAAAAAAAACGAAAAACACCAAAUGACCGUGUUUUUCUUAAAGGUUUGGUAAGAGUGAUUCCUGGGUGAUUGUUUUGUUUUUAUUUGGAAAACAAAUGCUUUGUUACUUCUGCUGUGACAAAUAAAGAACUGUCUUUCUGUUAA